GGAACUUCCGCCCGCAAACAGCUGACUGGGACAAAUAGGUUGGAGUUGUUCACAAUGCAAUUUCACCUCGCAAUUCGAGAGCGCCCUGAUGAUGCACAAGCAGCUUCACCACGACUCGCCCCACUUCACUGCCACCACCAAAUGCACCACCAGAAUCUUGGAUAAAACUAACACAGUGCCCCAACUGUCACCGGCAAACUGUUUGGAGAGCAGAGACAAGAAGAGUUUUCCAUUGCUAGGACGAACGUCUUCGGCAACAAAACUGUUUGCUAAUCUGAAAGCGCGAAUCACCAGAACCAAGAGUCGCCAACUGUUCUCCCACCCUGAAGAGCCGCCGAAUAUCGACGAGAUUAAUGAUCUAUCAGCAACCAGCGAAUGCACCUCCAAAGGGUUGCAAGGUCUGAACUUGGACGCUCCAUCGAAGACCAGCGCCGUCACCACCUUGGACUCGCCCUCGCCGCCGCCGCAGCAUGAGACGUACGGCUGUCAUCUGUGUGCGUUUGAGACUGACAGAAUAACAGUUCUGGACAGACAUCUUCUUAAUGACCACAAAAUCGGUCUGGACAACCUUCUGAAACUGGUCUUGUCCAAAACCAAAGAAGGACUUUCUGAAGAGCACAAUAGCGAUAUUCUUUACGGCAUAAAACAACCGUACUACAAACCUCAGAAUGAAAGGAUAGAAGAAGGAGAAUUCGUUAUAGAAACAGUAACGCCCAAAAUAAAAGUACUAAAACACGCAGCAACAAAUACCGACAUCAAAUGGACAGAUAUACCAGAUUUAAAGGACAAUUGUAAGAUUAUCACAAAAGAAUUGGACAAACUGAUGAAAUAUCCGAUUGAAAUGACAGAUAAGACGGCGUUUUUACAUAAAAUGGAGACGCUGAACAAAUGUAUGUGCAAGUUUGUGGAUUCAUCGAAUACUUUGAAGAGGGCGUUGAAAAAGGAGUGCGAUGCAAAGAGUAGGCAGGGUCACGAUGAGCCUGUUUUCGAAUUGGGAUUAGGGGACCAAGAUAGUCCCCGUAACUGGGAGAGAGCCCACAGCGAGAGUCUGAGCAGGAGCAGGCACAAACAUUCAGGAAGACCGGGAAUAAGCAGUUGUUCCAGGAGUGAAAAAGCGAAAAUGUCAGCAGAAAGUUUCUAUUUUUGACGAAAUAAUAUUUUGUGAAAUGGAUGCCCU